GUUUUUUUGCAUAAACAGAGCGUAAAUAUUGAAUUGAUUUUUUGCCAGUGCACCUUUGAAUUGAUUUUUUUAGUUUGAACGGUGAAAAUUUUAAUUAAUGCUUUAAAUUAAAGCUCGUUUGCAAUGCAAACUUCAAUUUUGCGGACAAAGCCGCGCACCACAGUAUUUCUGAUUAACCAGUUUAGAUGUUUACCAAGUCCAACGGCUUCAGACAAUGGCUGCUCUUUCUAUACACAACAACAGCAGCAGCAAUUGAAUAAAUCGCAGCAGCAAGUAAACGUCGUGGGAAUGGAGAUACCAGUUCAAACACAAAAACUUCUUAAGCUUUCAAGGACAGUUGUUCCGAGACUUACAGAUAGUCGACACAAAGGGCAGUAUGGUAGAAUUGGAGUGGUGGGGGGUUCGUUGGAGUACACAGGAGCUCCCUAUUUUGCGGCUAUUUCAUCUUUAAAAAUUGGUGCUGACUUGGCUCAUGUUUUCUGCCAGAAGGAGGCGGCAAUUGUUAUCAAAUCAUAUAGUCCAGAAUUAAUUGUACACCCUAAUUUGGAUGAUGAAAAUGCCGUGGAGAUAAUAGCCCCAUGGCUGGAAAGAUUGCACGUCAUUAUAAUUGGUCCUGGUUUAGGUCGUGAUCCAGAAAUACAAAAGACUGUCAUAGAACUUAUCAAAGUUUGUUUACAAAUCGAAAAGCCCAUGGUUAUCGAUGCUGAUGGACUGGCCAUCCUGAACGAUCAUUUGGAUUUGAUACAGGGUCAACGUAAUGUGAUUCUGACACCAAACGCUAUGGAAUUUCGUCGCCUAUUUGGUACAGUCGCCUCUCCGGCCAGUGAAAGCGAUAAAUUUUGCAAAGAGCGUAUGGCCUCAUUGGGUGAGGGGGUUAUUGUACUAGAGAAAGGCGCCCAUGAUCGAAUUCACAUACCAAACACUUCGGAAAUUUAUGUGAUGCCAAGUGGAGGCUCCGGCAGACGAUGUGGUGGUCAAGGCGAUUUGCUAUGUGGAGCUUUAUCUGUGUUCUUUCACUGGUCCCUGGAAGCGAACCAAGCUAAUCCCGGUUUUUUGGCUGCCUUUGCAGCAAGCUAUUUCUUAAAGCAUUGCAAUGCCGCAGCAUUUCAGAAACAUGGACGUGGCAUGUUGGCUACUGAUAUGAUUGGCGAAAUACCGUCGGUAUUUGCACGCAUAUUCGAAUCGAAUGAGGGGACCCAGUGUUAGCAUUGUUAAGUGGCGACAGUGGUGCAACUGUGAACAAUAAGCAAUUGUGAAAGAUAUUCAUUUCUUGUAUCCAUUCAAGGAACUACAUGCCCACAUAUGCACGAGACCUUCAAAAGGUAUGUAAUAUGUACCAACAAUAAUCAAUUUUUAUUUCAUAUACCCUUGCAUGCACGCAAGGCACAUAUUGUAGGCUAGGUUUCCAAAAACAACAAUAUCUUCCUGUCGAUAAUACAACAACUACAACAACUAACAUGAUAGACCCACUCUAAGGUAUUAUAUACAUAAUACUACAAUAUACAUAUAUACAUAAUAUGUAGUGUACGUAAAUAUAUACAAAUAUAAAUCUAUUACUAAAAUUUACCUGUUAUUAAAAUCAAAUGUUAAACAAAUUUUCAAAACUAAUAUUUUUUAGAAUCAACAUAUACAUAAAAACAUUUAAUCUUCGUUUAAUGCCAAAACCGAAACGUUAACUCCAAAUAAAAUAAUUGUCAACAGUAUAUUUUUCGAAUUUAAAAUAAAAUUGUUAAUUGAAUAAAGUU